CAGCCUGAAAUUUAUAUCACUUCUAAGAAGCAAGAUACCCAGCACAAAAAUAGAACAGAAAGAGCCCUUUGAAAGGGCCUCCCCUCACGUUCAGACUGUUGGUCUCCCAGGGUCCCAAAGGAUGUACUCUGCAUUGCCAAUUCAAGGUCGCCUCCAUUGGGAAGAGAUAGUCAUCCUUCCCUCCCUCAUAAACAGUCUGGACAAGGCAUUUCUGCCACCUUCAUCUCAUAAAAGCCCCAGCUAGCCGAAGGCUUGCUCACAACCGGCCCAAGAUGAAGGGUUCACCUCUGGGUUUUCUCCUGCUCCUGCCAGUGACGUUUGCUAUGCUGAGAGCAGAGCCCCCCAAGGAGGGGCAAUCAGAUGCCGAUGCCAGACUACUACCGACUCUGCCCAAGAGCCUGGUGGCCCAGGACCAGAGCAGGGAGAGGUCGGAGAAGCCGCCAGGGCUUCCUGACCCAGAUGGGGCCAGUCCUCGUGAUGGAGCGUCAUCCCCAAGGAGCCGAAAGACCCCUGGGAGUGAAGUCCACCUUCCUUGGCCCUUGUUUGCCCAGGAUGGUGGCACCUCAGAUCUAUGGACUGGGCCUAAGCUCCACCCUUGGCCCUUGGGAGGCCUGAGAGACCCGGUGUGCUGGGUAAAAGUAGGCAGGGGGGGAGAAGGGGAUACAGACCCCCUCCAGGUGGUGGGGGCUCUGAGUGGCUACGAGAGGGGCUUUGUGGAAGCGCUGAGGCAGGUCCGCCGGGACAGGUGGGAGCUGGCCGCCUUCGGGAUCUGCCCUUCGGGGGGCACAGGCGUAGCUCACCUCGCUCUGCAGCAUUUGGGGGAGCGGCUGGUGGAGCCGGGCGGUUGGCGCCUUGUGGUUCUCCACCUGGAAGAAGUGAGGUGGGAGCCGGAGCUGAGCCUGCGGUUCCAGGCGCCCCCACCAUCGCUUCGAAGAGCAGGCACCCCAGAGCUGGCUCUGCUGGUGUUGUAUCCUGGGCCUGGGAGAGGCGGAGUCCAGCCUGGGCAGGAGUUCCAGGUCACUGGAGCAGGACUACAACCUCAGCAGAGCCUCUGUCUCUCCUUGGACACCCGGUACCUGGUCCUGGCGGUGGACGGGACGGCUCGUGAUGGGCUCUCCCUGGCUUUGCAGCCCCGGGGUAGAGCUGGCCCCCCUCUGGCCACCCCAGAGCUCCAGGCCCUGCUCUUUGGUCUGGAUCACAAGUGCUUCACGAGGAUGACUCCGGUCCUGCUCUUGCUGCAGGGGCACAGCUUGGGGGCUAAGCCCAACCCAAGACCUCUCCCAGUGGAGGGCCGGCUAGAUAUGGCACCGUACCCUCUGCCCAGGCCAUCCUCCCAGUCACCUUUCACAGCAGCCUCUCCAAGUUCCACAGACCCAUUCCUGGAGACCCUGACCCGCCUGGUCCGAGGGGUCCUGGGGCCUCCCUCUGGCCCACGCUCACUGCGUCUGGCCCUGGAUCCUGAGGCCCUGGAGGCCCUCCCACACUGGGUUUUCAACCUCUCAGACCCUGCCACCCUGGAGCGGUUGGUGGAGUCAGAGGAUCCCAUGUUGCUGCUGUUUCCAGCAGGAAGCCCAGCCCUGCUGGAAGGCCUGGAAGGACAGUGGCAGGCCCAGGAGGGUCCGGCCCAGCACUUGGCAGGCAAGCUGUGGGCUGUGGCGAAGGAGCUGCUAGGCCUGCCUGCCCUGCAACCCCACGCCGAGCUCCUGCACCAGCUCCUGGCCCUCUGCCCAGCCCCAACCAACAGCAGCAGCAGCGACCAGGCCGAGGGCAAGGCCCCGGCCAGCCAGCUCCGGGCCCUGCUGCUGCUGAAGGCCCUGCAGAGCCUGAAGGCUGAGUGGCGAGAGCGAAAGAAGGCCUCCCGGGCCCUCCGGAGUGCUAGGCUCGGAGGGGACGGUCCAUGCCGGCUUCAGGAGCUGAGUGUGGACCUACGGGCCGAGCGAUCUGUCCUCAUCCCCGAGACUUACAUGGCCAACAACUGCCAGGGCCCCUGCCACUGGCCCCAGUCUGACCGAAGCCCCAACUACAACAACCACGUGGUGCUGCUGCUGAAGAUGCAGGAGAGGGGGGAGCCUCUGGGCCGCUCUCCCUGCUGUGUGCCCACUGCCUAUGCCGGCAAGACUCUCAUCAGUCUCUCCGAAGAGGGCCUCAGCGCCCGCCUCAUGCCCAACAUGGUAGCUACAGAGUGUGGCUGCCGGUAGGCUCAGCGGGCCCGUUACCCUCCCCCGUGUCCUCCCGAGCACCAGUCAAGCCCCGGCAGCCUGGCAUCAAUGCGUCCGCAUCAUCGGCCCGUCCCAACCUAGCUCUGGCCAGGGCCCUUGGCCUCCCUGCCCCCACUGCCUGACAGGAACCUUUCUCUGGAUUCACCACUGUCACAGUCUAACCCGAUCCCCACAGUAUCCCCAAAGAUGGGGAGGUUCCCAGCAUCGUCUCAGCAGCCACUGGUUCCCCAACAGCCCUCUCCAGCCCCCAUGUUGGGGCUCAGGCCCUGCCUGCCCUCUCCCCUCUCCCACCUCCUUCCCUUCCCUCACACAUCUCCCCACCCUCACUGAGCCAGUGCUCAGAGUAGGCCCUGGGCAGGGAGGUGGAGUUGUAGCCAUUCGGAUCUUUCCCAUGGGCAUGGAUUGGGCAUGAGGGCAGCCCAGGGCACCAGUGUCAGUGGAGAGGGGUGGGAUUGGGCACAGAGCUGGUCAGGGCAGCUCCCAAGCAGGAUCUUUGUGCUCGGGAAGCAUCCAGCCCAGCCUGGCACAAGGAGAGGCGUGGUGACUGAGAAGCCCAAAGCCCUGCCUCAUAUUUAUUCUGACCAACCAAAACAUUGUCCAGUAAAGUACAGAAUUUGGCUGAGGCUGCGGCCACUCAAGAGGUAGGAGAGGAGGGGGCGGCUGAGCUCUGGCGGGCAAAGCCAACAGCGUGGACUUGCUGUCCUCUUACUGCUCUCCCCCCCCCCCCGGCUUGGUGGUCUGGCCAGUGGUGGGGAGAUGACCUGGGUUGAGGGCCAAGGGAAGCAGGAGAGAGAAAAGAGGAGAGGAAAGGAGGAGAGAGAGAGGGAGAGGAGAAGUGGGGAAGG